CACACUGCAGUUUUACAACGUACUGUUGAUGGUUCCGUUCGCGUUCGCAAUCAGCUUGUCUUGGGUGAUUUUGCAAAAUUUUUGUGAUUUUUCAUUGAAAUAUCGUUUUUUUGGUGAAGAAAUUUACUGGAAGUAAGAGUUCCAUCUCCUGCUGCACCCAUCAAAACAAAGAGCGAUGGUCAAGAUUGAGGAUUUUAAACUGUCCAGCGAGCUGGCCGGCCACAAACUGGAUGUUCGCUCGGUGGCCGAAGGUAAAGGCUUCAUCGUUUCCGGUUCCCGAGAUAAAACGGCCAAAGUGUGGACCCUGCUGGAUGGCCAUUACACCGAAACGGAAACACUGACCCAUCACACAAAUUACAUUGGGGCCGUUUUGGUAGUCGAGGAAAAAGACUGGAUUUGCACGGCAAGCAACGACGGAACGAUUUGCGUGUACAAGUAUCCGUCCGGGAUUGAACCGUUGGUGGUGCUCAAAGGCCACACGUCGACGGUUUGUGCGCUUGCCAAAGGAAACGCGCCGAAUGUGUUGAUCUCCGGAAGUUGGGACAAGAGCGCCAAGAUUUGGACCGAUGUCGGAUCUUCGCUGAGCAGUUUGACUUUGGUGGGACACGAAGCUGCCGUGUGGGCCGUAGCUCGAUUAUCUUCGGGGAAGUAUGUCACGGGAUCGGCGGAUAAGUCUAUCUUCGUGUGGAACGAGAAAGGCGAGAAGCUGGUGGUCUUGAAGGGCCAUAAGGAUUGCGUCAGAGGCUUGUGUCCUUUGCCUGGGGGUGGAUUCUUGAGUUGUUCUAACGAUGCCACUAUCCGACAUUGGAAUGAUAUGAACGACUGUGUGAAGGAAUUCCACGGCCAUACCAAUUACAUCUACAGCAUAUCGAGAAGCGAUUUCUGGGGAGAUGACGUGUUCUUCACCGGAGGAGAGGACAGCUCGAUUCGAAUGUGGAGCUUGAAGGAAGGGGCUUUGGGUGAAGCGUUGCAAUUGCCAGCCCAAUCCGUAUGGUCCGUGACGGCCCUUAGGAAUGGCGACAUUGUGGCUGGAUCUAGUGACGCAAUGGUGCGAGUUUUCACUUCCUGUAAGGACCGAGAAGCUUCCCAAGACAUGCAGGAUGCUUUCAAGCUGAGUGUAGAAGUAAGAGUCCAGGAAUCUUCCAAACAGCUUGGCGGUAUGAACGUGAAUGACCUUCCCGGGCCGGAAUCGUUACUCUCGGAGGGUCGAGAUGGCCAAACGCGAAUCGUACGCCACGCUGAUGGGAAAAUUUUGUGCUAUCAAUGGAGCAACAAUAAAUGGGAAUGCGUUGGGGAUGUAAUGGGAGCUACUGGAGGCGAAACAGGGAAAAGGCUCUACGAAGGACGUGAAUACGAUUAUGUGUUCUCCGUGAACCUUUCGGAUGAUGCACCCAAUCUGCAGUUGCCGUACAACAGAGGCGAAGAUCCGUGGUUCGUUGCUCAGCGGUUCAUCCACAAGCAUAGUCUCCCGCAAGCUUAUCUGGACCAGGUGGCCAAUUUCAUCAUCAAGAACUCGGAUAAUGCUCCGGUUCAGCAGUCGGCUGCCUCCAACAGCAUGUACGAUCCGUUCACGGGAGGAGCUCGCUAUGUUCCGGGAUCUGGAUCCAGCUAUCAACCUACGGUGGCCAAUACGGAUCCCUUCACAGGGGGUUCCAGCUACACUACCCAAACGCCAAAUGCUGGAGUGGCAAACAACGGCACUGCCGGAGCGGGAAAUGCUGAUCCCUUUACGGGCGGCUCCAGCUACUCUACCGGUUCCACCGAAGUUAAGAAGACCAACACGCACUUUCCCAACAGGCAUUUUGUAACGAUGGAAAGUGCUGACCUUUCGAAGGUGUUGGUGAAAUUGAAAGAAUUCAAUGGAAAAAUCGAAGACAAGAGCCUGCAAAUGUCUGACGACACUUUGGACGACAUAAUUCGAUAUGUCGGGGAAUUGAGCACAAUGUCGGAACAAAACUCGGUUUGUCUGACUGCCCUCAAGUAUCUCUACAACUGGCCAACGGAGAAUCUCUUCCCCGUGUUGGACAUCACCCGAUUGGUCGUGCGGGAUCCCAAGGCUUGCCAGGAACUGUUCGAGGGUGACUUCAUGAAGACCUUGCUUCAACACAUCAAUCAUCUUCCGGCGAAUCAAAUGAUGGGAACGCGUUGUUUCGUCAAUAUGAUCUCCCACCCGGUCGGACGGAACAUCGUUACGGAGAACAUCCGACCAAUCGUCGAGAAGCUGUCACCGAUCAAGAAGGGCAGCGCCAACCUGCAGAUCGCACUGGCCAGUUUCUACUUGAACCUUUCGAUGACUCAACUGGAUAAGCCUUCGUUGGAUUUCUGCAAGGUGUUCUCGGAUGCGGUGAGCGAAUUCCUGGACUGGGCCACCGAUUACGAGGCCACAUACCGUGGCUAUCAGGCGUUGGGCAAUUUGAUGUCCACCCCGCAAGGCACGCUGGUUGUGAACCAUUUACGAAGCAAUAGUGAACUGAUCGACAAGAUUCUGGUUAGCAUUAGCAACGAGGUGAAUGGGUUCGCGAAGCUGAACGAGUGUGCCAGCUAUCUGUACGAGAUGCUGGCAUAGGUGGAUGGGCUACUAAGGUUGGAGGACAUUCUAGGAUCGUAACCUAUAAUACUUUUGAAACUAGCUUUUUUUUUUUUGAAAUGUAAAACAUUUAGUUUAAUCUCACGAUUGAAAAUAAAAUGCGCUUUGAAGUGUUUGACCUGA